AACGUCAUCAAUGACAUCACAAGACGACGAAAUAACUUUCUUCGAGCAAAGAGGGAUCUCAUCCUUCCUCUCCUAGACAACGUUCCCGACGUGCUGAGGGAUCCCGAACAUCAUGGGCACCCCACCAUUGAGCAGCAGCAACAAAUGACGUAUCAGCCCAAAGGGUUGCGGGCAACCCUGAAACCGUACCAGCUCGAUGGCUUCUCGUUCCUCAUGUACCUUCGACGAAAUGGAAUGGGUGGCAUUCUGGGCGACGAGAUGGGACUCGGAAAAACAUUGCAGACUCUGACGCUCUUCGAACAUGUCACGGAGAGUGAACGAUCAUCUUGCACCAAUCCUGCACCAUUUCUGGUUGUCUGCCCUUUGAGCGUCUUGGACACGUGGAUCACUGAAAUCACAAAGUGGACCCCGAACCUCACUCCCGUCAAGUUUCAUGGCAGCCGCGAUCAGAGAGACAUUGUAAAAAAACUCUUUUCGAAGAAGCACGGCAAGGAGGGUUGCUUCAAAGAAGAUGUCAGAAGCACAGUGCUGAUCACCUGCUACGAGACGUUGAUGACAGACAUCCUCUGGUUCCGAAAGGUGGCAAUCUGGAAGUAUGUUGUACUCGACGAAGGCCAUCGGAUCAAAGACAGCAACUCCAAGAGGGCAAAGGCCAUGGGCAAGCUUCGUGCCGAAUAUAAGCUUGUACUCACAGGUACUCCGAUACAAAACAACUUGGGCGAAGUGUGGUCGUUGUUGCACUGGCUUUUCCCCGAGGUCUUCACACCGUCGUCGGCUAAGCUAUUCAAGGACGCAUUUUCUCUGAACGAAGGCAAAUUCGAUGCUGUCUUCUCGAAUCACAUCAAAAAAUUUCUCAACCUCAUCAUGUUGCGACGUCUGAAAGACUCCCCUCAAGUCGGGUUAAAUUUGCCUCCUAAGCAAGUUGUCACACUCGCUGUGCCGCUUUCGAAGCUACAGCACUCUUUGUACAUGAAAGUGCUGACAGGACUAGACGAAGCACUGGGUGAAGUCUCGCAGCCGUCAUCGACGUUGAAUACAGAUAGUGAAGGCUGGCCUAUCGACAGGUCGAAUCUCGAUCCGAAUAAGCCAGCGGCUAAGCGAAAAUGGAAGAUCUCGGAUAACGUUCUCAUGGAACUGCGAAAGUGUUCCAUUCAUCCUUGGUUAUUGCACAACAGCCCGGAGAAUUCAGAUGACUCUGUUAACUCCCUCCUUUCGUGCUCGGGAAAGCUUCUUGCCUUGAGCAAGUUGGUCCACCAUUUCGUCUUCACCGAAAAGAAGAAGGUCGUCAUCUUCUCAUGUUUCGUCAAGGCUCUUGACCUUUGUGAGGAGCUCUUGGGAAUUUUGCAGAGACGCAGUUUCUUCGAAUAUGUCAGGCUUGAUGGAAGCACUUCUCGAGCUUGGCGCAGGCUCUGCGUUCAUCUCUUCAACAAUCUUCCCCAGUUCAUGGUCUUCCUUGUAUCAAUUCGGGCCGGCGGUGAAGGGUUAAAUAUGGUCGGAUCUUCAGUGGUCAUCUUUUUGGACGAAGAUUGGAAUCCACAAGUGAUGAGACAAGCUGAAUCUCGCGUGCACCGUAUAGGCCAGACUCAGCCAGUUAGAAUUUUCAGGCUUAUCUCUAAGGGCACAUUGGAAGAGCAGAUGAGCCGUCGCCUGCUCAAGAAGUCAUAUCUCUCAUCGAAGAUCAUUGAGGAGGAGCGCAUAUUCGAAGCUGGAAACGGUCAUGACUAUACCCUGACCGGAAUUGACGAAACGCCUCCGAUGCGUCUAAUCUCAUGUGAAGGUCUUCAAGAGAACAACCUGGCAGAUAUGAGAUCGUGGGGUUUUGAAUCUCUUCUGACCAGAUGCACCAUUGACUCGAACACAGGUCAGGAUCUCGCGAACACUUCUUCUUGGUGGGAAGUGUCGGAGCGAGUGCGUACGAACAUCUUCAAUGGACAGAAAGUUGAGAAACUGUCAAGAUCCCAGGCAUUUCCAGACGACGCACCAUGCUUCGCCCGCGCAGAACGUCGGAUUGGCAAAGGCCGGGUCAUCACUAUUGAGGGUUUCGACGUCACCAAGGAGAAUCUGCGCAUGCAUAUCGCAUCUCCGACCACGCCAAAAUCACCAGGGAUGGGAACGCUGAAGUCGAUGGUAAACGAGAUCACGUGUGGGAUCUGUAAGAGGUUCGAACCUCGGCAUUGCCAGACCUGUCCUCGAGCAUAUCACUGGGAUUGUCUGCCGGACUCGAUGAAAUUGCACACGAACGAGGCUCGGUUUAUUUGCCCCCAUCAUGUUUGUUCGGGUUGCGCGAGCCGGGUAUCCGAGGCCGGUGGGCUCUUGUUCUGUUGUGCUAGGUGUCCGCUCGCAUUCUGCGAAGAUUGUCUCGAUUGGGAGAAAACUGAAUUCAUUGGGAGGAAUCAUGCCUUGGAGAGGCUUGGAUACCACCCUCACUCUUAUUUCUACGUUCACUGCCCCAACUGUAUUGGCGGUUGCAAGCGGUCUUGCGAUGAAGUUGAUGAAGUGGUUGCAAAGCGCUUGAAGUGGGGGGAAUGA